AAGGCGUUCAAUGCCAGGUGUUUUGGUGCUACUACGUUGCGCUUUGACGUCCAAGACAUGUUACGCGAUGCUCCAGUGCUGGCGUGUCUCGUCGAAUACCAAUUAAAAAAAGCAGCACCUGUGGCAACGAAAAAUACGACAACCACUUCUAGUACGUCGGGUAGAGUUUCUUCAGCAGCGUCGUCUAAGUCGACUGCAGAUACGGCCAUAAAGGAAGGCGCGACAACGCCAAAAAGUCCUGCGGCCAAGUCUGUCUCAGGUAAUAAACAAGCUUCUCCUUCCAAGACCCAAGCACAAGCUGCAGAAGCUUCAGCUUCUUCUACUUCAGGGACUGAAGAUACUGCUACGGAGGACAUGACUGGCACUGGCGGAGACGAGGAAGAUUCAAGAACAACGAGCAGAAACAGAGAUGAACCACCAAGAGGUAGCGCUUCGCCAACU